GUAUAUAAUGGUUGGUAAUCUGAAAAUAUUUCUCAGAACACAUCGCAGAGAACUCAGAAAAUGAGACCCAACAUUAUUUCCGAGGCAGGAUUGCCCACUAGGUUGGGGCAAUAUUGGGAAGGCAUUCCGUUCCUUACAUCUGCAGUAGUGAUUGUUUGUGGGGCCAUUUAUUUGGUAUGUCUACUGGUUGGAUAUGAUUCCUUUUCCGACAUAUGCUUCUUGCCUUCUGCAGUUGUAGCACAGUUCCAAGUUUACCGGAUUUAUACCUCCAUUCUUUUCCAUGGUUCCCUGCUACAUGUCUUGUUCAAUAUGCUGGCUUUAAUUCCUUUGGGUUCUGAACUGGAAAGAAUUAUGGGAUCCGUUCGCUUGUUGCAUAUGAUAAUUUUGUUGGCUACAAGCAAUGCUGUUUUCCAUCUUAUUAUUGCGUUAUUGGUGUCCCACAAUCCAUUUCACCCUGUUGAGUAUCUCAUGAAUGAGUGUGCUAUUGGUUUCUCGGGAAUUUUAUUUUCUAUGAUUGUUAUAGAGACGACUUUGAGUGGGGUUCAGUCUAGGAGUGUGUUUGGGCUCUUUCAUGUGCCUGCAAAAUGGUAUGCAUGGAUCUUACUGGUAGUGUUCCAGCUCCUCAUGACAAAUGUCUCACUACUUGGACACCUAUGUGGCAUUUUGUCUGGAUUUGCAUAUAUCUAUGGUUUAUUUAACUUUCUACUACCUGGAGUAUCCUUCUAUUCUGCAAUUGAGACCUCUUCUUGGCUUUCAUCUUGUGUAAGGCGGCCUAAAUUUAUUUUGUGCACUGGUGGGAACCCUUCUGGAUACAUCCCUACACACUCAAGUCAAAAUACAGCAUCAAGUGGUUUAGCAUCUGGAAACACAUGGAGGAACAUUCUUUCAUGGAUGCCACAAAUGCAGAGGGAAACAACUGUACAGCCAGCUCAAGACAGUCAAAGGUUUCCUGGUAGAGGAAGGGCACUUGGUUCUGGCCGAAGUCAAACAGUUCCUGCUGUAAAUUCUGAUUCAGGCCUACAGGCCAGACUAUUGGACGACAGCAGCCCGGACCAUCCAUCAGAUUUGGCAGCAGCUGCAACAGCCCAACAUAUUUCAGAUGGAAGGCAACCAUCAGUUGAUGGUACAGCUGCUGUUGCAGGGGGCACUGCACAUCAUCAGGGGUUAGCUGCUUUGAAUGAAAAGAUCCAAAAGCUUGUAUCAAUGGGUUUUGAAAGGACGCAGGUAGAUGUUGCCCUAGAGGCAGCUGAUGGGGAUCUAAAUAUAGCAGUGGAAAUUCUUAUGAGCCAACAGGGGUAGAUUGCAAAGCAACCUGGUCCUUAGAUUUUCCAUAGGUAUGGCAGUCACAGGCAGAGCUUUGAUGACCUGGUUUCUUCAUCAUGCACAUGGAGAUAGCAUAUUUUCUUAUUACUCAUCAUUGUGCUGAUUAAGCAAGGAAAGAAGAUGGGGAAUGUUGGAUGGAUGGAAAGAUCUUACUUAUUUUCAUUGUGUGGACGCAGACUUGUUAAAAAUGUGAUGAGCGGAAAAUAUAUUCUACAUUUUGAUGCCAAGGGUGUGGUUUGUGUAGGAUCAGUAGCAAAAAUAGUGUUAUAUAUAGCAGAAAGGAUUGAAACGUGGUCAGUUAACUUUGGAGUUGACACUUGCUGAAAUGGGACUGCAAAAGUGGCUCCACACCAUUCCUGUAACUUUUAUGAAAAAGUGCAUAAACUUGAUUCCACUUAAAAAAGAACAGAGAAAAUAAACAAUGCCUUUCUAGCU